CGUGUUUGAGGAAAAUUUUACAAGGCUAUCAAAAAAGGCUAAUAUAUAUAGUAAACCGUAUUGGAAAAGCGUUGAGUGAUUUGUGAUCAUAUGUUCGUGAUUGGUAUUGAGUGUUAGACCAUGCCUAGCAUAACACAAAAGUUGAGAAACGUUUUCUCGUGGCAACAUGAUACCUAUGAGUUUGAGAGCCCAGACGCAGUAACGAACAGUGAAAAUAUGCAGAAUAAUCAAGAAACAAGCACCUCUGCUGUCUCCAAGAAGGGUAAACUUUUCAAACCGAAGAUAACUCAAACAUCAAAGGCCCCCCGCGGUGCAGUAUCCAAAAUUUCCAAAGACAAACAGAAGUUGAAUCAAAUUUUGGUCACACGAAACCCUUCCGUAACAUCGGCACAACUGAAUGCUGCCGUUCCUCUGGUGAAUAUUCGUAGGAUACCUUCAAACAAAUCGGUCUUGUCAGAAUACCAAACGGAAUCCUUAAGAACUCAAGCAUCCACAUCCGGAAGUCAUAAUCGAGCAGUUUCGUUAUCGAGUAACGUCACCGUUCGUAAUAAAACGAACAAUCCGAAUAGAACCGUCGUAUCAGCCGCCAUCAACAGACCGGAAAGCUCAACUGUAAACAAACCGAUUGGUCACCAGAGAGGGCUAUUUUCUGCUAACAGAGCUUUGCCGAAGCUUCCGCCAACCGGUUCAAGUUCUACACCAGGCGGCAGCACUUCAAAAAGCUCAACAAAUGCUGUCAGCUUGCGUCAAAGCCGCCAACAGCAUGCAGUUGUGCGCAAAGCACCACCCGUGCCCAGUGUAGUAACUAAUAUUGAUAGCAACAAGAGUCCCCGAGUAAAAGAAACAUCCUUAUUAAAGUACAAUGCACAACCAUCAGACCAUGAACCUGUUUAUGCAACAAUAAAACGACGCACUCCAACUUCCAUCCGCAGAUACCCGGGGCUCUCGACAUUUAGUAAACAAAGAGGUCAAGGUCCCUCGGGAUCGAAGCAUUCAUCGCAGUCGACGAACAAUAUUGCUUCCACGAAUGGCGGCUCCAUCAAGGGCGCGUCGUCUGUGUCGAGCCUAGAUUGCGUUGGUAUUCCGGUCGCUCCGUCGAAGUCAAGUGCCAAGCAUAGUCGAGCCUUGCACGGAUCCAAAGACAAGCUUGACCAAUUUGGAUCCAAUAGUCAACCGUACCAUCAUCGCCAAGGCAAGGGCUCACGGGAAAAACUUACCGACUUGAGACUUUUCGGUAAGGAGGACAAAGGUGGCAUUCGUAGUAUUCCAACAAAAUCAAGCAAUCAAAUGCCCAUAGUCCAGCCACAACUUCCUGUCCACCAGCAGCAUCAGUUGGACCAAUUCCAGGGUGCCCAACACCUGCAACGAACCGGUAGUCGCAGCGAGUUGGACCCGCGCGAUGACGAUGCAUAUUCCAGUGCCACCGAGGAGAUUGUGAUUUCGAAGGACCUUACGGCUAUCAGCUUCGGUGGACCAAUGGAGGACUUGCGUAGCAACAGGAUGCAAGAGUUACAAUUACAUUUGGAUAAGCUAAGACAAGAUAAUGCUGUGCUGGAGGAUAAAGUCAUUGAACUAUCUGUAUAUCAGAAAGAAGUUCAAGCUCUCCGAGAUGAAAUCAUCAAGCUACAAACAUCGCAAGAAAUGAGCAGCAGUGAAUUGCAUCGGUUGCUCGAUGAAAAUGAAACUCUUAGAGACAGGCUGAAAACUGUUGUGCAAUCACCAUUGUCAGACUCCGAAAAACAGCAAAUUAUAAGGGAUUCCCAAAGGCUCCACAGCUCUGCCCCGGCGUCCAUAGCUUUACCAAAUAAUAUGGAUAUGGAAGGAACUCCAUGUGUCACACCUGACUGGGAUAAGCAAUCUUCCAGUAGUGAAAUUGCUGUUGCUUGUUUACAGGAUAAAAUAACACAGAUGGAGGAAACGCAUUAUUCCACUAAUGAAGAACUGCAAGCAACGUUGCAAGAGCUAGCUGAUUUGCAAUCACAGAUCAACGAACUUCAAACCGACAACGAGAGGUUGGCGGAAGAGAAGGACGUUAUUUUCCAAUCCCUUUGCAGGCAAACCGAGAAAUUGGAGGACUCUCGUACGCAAAUCGGGACCUUGCAAAAACUACUUUUACGAGAGCCAAACCAACAAGAUGGAGGUUCGACCGAACGAGAGCAAAAGCUGGUGGAAUUGUUGAAAAAUGCCCAAGAAGAAAGGGAGAGCCUUAUGCUGAAGCAGGAAGAGUUGAACUCUGAGCUUAACGAACUUAAAGUGGCCUUGGACGAUAGAACCAAUGAGAAAUUAAGACUGCACGAGCGAAUCGGCGUCCUGGAGUCUACUAUCGAUGCGACUAAUGCAGAAAGAACUGAAAUCGAUACACAGCUGCUACAAUCCAAGGAAGAUAGCUCAGUGAAACAAAUAGAAAUAAGUCGUUUGACCACUUUACUGGAAAAUGCACGGGCAAAGAUUGAAGAGCUGGAGCAAGAUCGUGCCUUAGGCGACAAAUCAGACCUGGGUGAGCUCUUGGAUACCGCCCGGAAGGAGAAAGAUGCGCUUGAAAUCCAAGUGGCGUCGCUUCAAGAACAAGUGUCCAUUAGCCAGUGUGAAAUUCAAAAACUGAAAGACCAGCUGGCACGAAUGAGCGAAGAAUGCAAGGUAGUACGGAACAAUGCCAAAUGUGUGAUCUCCGAUCUCGAGUAUAAGCACGAAACAAUGAAACAAGAAAAGGGUAAAAUUGCUAGUGAUUGCCAGCAACUACAAGAGAAUGUCAAUGAACUACAGGUUCAAAACAAAUGCCUUAAUGAAGACAAAGCGCAGCUAGAGGCACUACUGUCGGAAACUCAGCGUCAUCUGGGCGACACGGAAGGACUGCUUGCAGAAAAGACUGAUGAACUAAACCAAGAGAUUAACUUAAGAAGACAGGAAAGCGAAGAGUGGGAUCGAUUCCAGUCGGACCUGCUGAUGACUGUUCGCGUUGCCAAUGAUUUCAAAACCGAGGCACACAACGCGCGAGAGCAACUAGCACUCGACAACAAGGCACUCCGUGAGCGAAUACGUGUCAUGGAGCAGCAAAUUGAAAAGCUCAACAAACCCAUUGGUGUAGAUGUAGUUGAUACAGACACGGAAAGCAUGUUACUUAGCUAUGAUAAACUAAACGACCUUAAGCAGGGUUUAUCCGCUUCCAUCGAUAACCUCAAUACGUACGACCGCAAUGUAGACGAGUUCUCUAACCAAGUUAAAAUUCUGCGCGAUCAGAUGAACUCGUUUUCGCAGGCUAUGACAACAGCACUCGAUACAAAAAAUCAAUCUAAUUCCUCAGAACCUCAGAAUUCGGAUACACAUCGUUUAUAUCUAGGACAGGAUAAGAAAAAAGAAUGCAGUACAGAGGAUGUAGUACCACCACUACCACAUUCGAAACCUCCCAAAAUGACGGUACACUUUAUGGAAGAUAACCAAAUUGAACAAAUUGCCCCAAUUAUAGUCGAUGGCAAUCGAUGUUCGUAUGAAAUAGAAGAAAUCAACUAUCCACGAAAAGACUACAGAGGGCGAGGCGCAACACCCGCUCUUCUAGGCAAACAAUCACAAAAUUUUUGUUCGACUAAUUCUUCUAGCGAAACCGUAGAAUCCUCAGAAUAUGAUACUUCGCCUGAACCAAUUUUUCGACCGAUUGCCAUUUCCAGAAGCAACGAAAAUCUCUCGGAGCACAGUUUUCAGUUGGUUAGGCCCGUCGCUCUAUUUGCAUCGAAAAGUAUUCAGGAUCUAAGAGCAGGGCAAUAUAAGAAACAGAGUUCAGUGGAGCCAUUGUUCCAUUCGAAAAGCACAGAUGACCUCAUACUUCCAGAUAUUGACGGAAUGAACAAAACAACCAACUUGUCCAAGUUUAAAAAGUUCCGUUACAAUCGAUCCAGCAGUACAAGUUUGAGUAAUCUAAGUUUAAAGGAAGAUGAUCCGGAAUCGAUUUACGCCAAUAUAGAAUUCCGUUCUACUGCUCCAGAAAAACAAGCCAGUAUUGCAAAUAAGAAACCAAAACCAUUACCAAGGAUGAAUAGUAUAGACGAAUUGAACAUCGUGGGUUCUGACGGGCAAUCACCAAAAGCAAAAACACUUGUUUAUGUGAUUGACAAAGCUACAAACGAGUUCGUACUUACAGAUGAGUCACUAGAAAGCCUAGAGCAGCCCAACAAGAUGAUGCCCCAACCUAGGAAGUACGCAGAAAAUGUAAACGUAUACGAUGAUGCAAAACUAGAUCAGUUGAAGAGAACUUCUUUCGUUUUGAACAUGCCUAACAUCAAUGCACAUCAGUUAAGUAGUGGUGAUAAUAGAGGAAAGAAUUGGACUAACCAAACUAAAAACAGUAUAGUCGCAUCUACUGAAUCACAUCAAUCGAUAUUCAACACCGUACAGCAGGAGAUGGCAGUCCGAAGACAACAGAAAUCCGCUAUUCAGAGGCAGGACUCACGUUUGUCCGUCAAGAGCCUAAUUGAAAGCAUCGAGAAUUCAGCAAAACAGGCCAAAGUAACUGCCGAGUCACGUUCUAGUUCUAGCUCUAGCAUAAAUAGCCUUCCAGCCGAUACAGUGGUUAAUCCCACAUUGCCAAUCAGCAAUGCAGUGGUGAAGAAUGGCAACAAUCACAAUGGAAAUGAAAGCAACCCUGUGUUGCAUUCUCCACUGAUAUCCUCAAUGACAGCGAAAAGCCCGUUGCGUGAACAGCAACAGCCCACAACUGUUAGCAAUAUAAGCAGUAAUCCCAAGAACAAUCCCACAGAUACAGUAUUGCUGAUUAAAUCUCAAAAUCUCAUCGCAAACAGCAGCAGUAACCUUGACAAUAGUAAUAAUAACAAUAGCAAUUACAGUAACAAUAACAUUAGUUGCAACAACAACAACAACAAAGUGUCCACCCUGAUCAAUAAUAGUUAUAAUCACUCCGGAAAAUUGUUCAAACAACAAACCGACGAUCAUGUUACUGCAUCGAUACUGUCUCACAAAACGAUGGAUUACGUUCGACGGAAUAGCUAUGGUGACUUAAGUGACCGGAAGGACCCGCUGAAUGCGCUUGUCAAAAACGGAGGGUCGAAACGCAACGCGUUGCUAAAGUGGUGUCAAAAUAAGAGUGUCGGCUACCGGAAUAUAGACAUAACAAAUUUCAGUUCCUCUUGGAAUGAUGGCCUCGCGCUGUGUGCAAUUAUGCACUCGUAUCUGCCUGACCGCAUUCCCUAUGAUAGACUGAGUCCAAACGAUAAGCGACGCAAUUUUAGCCUAGCAUUCGCAGCGGCCGAAAGCGUUGGCAUACCGACAUCUUUGAGUAUCGACGAUAUGUGUCAGCUGGAGCGACCAGACUGGCAGCAAGUGAUGGGGUACGUGACGGCAAUCUAUAAACAUUUCGAGACAUGAGUUCUGAAAUAGCUAGAUGUGUAAGUAACAAGCAGGCAAUUACUAUUUUGUAUGACUUCCAGUUUCACGCAUAUGUGUUUAUUUUAAUCGCGUUACUAUACCGUUAUUUAUUACAAAGCUUACAUAGCUGCAGAGCGUUGUUGAUAAUUACCUGAUCAUAACUCGUAAUACAAUACAAUUUUGACAAUAUGAA